UUUUGAUCAAAAAUUUUAAAAAAAUGAUUAAGUAUGACAGAAGUAUUGCUUUGUUCUUGUCAAAGAAAAUCUUAAAUGUGAGCAAUUAAAUUCGACGGCGUUCUAGCGAAAGAAACUCAAGUUUUUGAAGUAUUUUCAUUUUAUUUAGGGCUUAAUAAUAUUCAAAGCCCGAUUACAAGUUGUUCUCAACAUGUUUUCUUCUGCUAAGCCGGAGGAGACUUUGUCUGCGUUUCAAAGAUUGAAAUUGUUCUUGGCUAUCCAUUGGAAAGGCCUCCUGACUUUAUUAACACCUAUCGUCUUGCUGUUCAUCAUUUUGCCGCUGCCUGCAAAGCCACAUGCAUGGGUCGCCUAUACAUUAGUGAAUAUGGCGGUUUUCUGGGUAACCGAGUGUAUUCCUUUGGCUGUAACGUCUUUCCUGCCGAUAGUAAUAUUCCCUUUGUCUGGUGUUAUGACAACAGCAGCUGUUUGCAGAACAUAUGUCAAUGACACUAUAAUAAUGUUCGUUGGAAGUUUAAUAUUAGCUUAUUCCAUAGAACAAUCUGGUUUACAUAAGCGACUAGCCUUCUUCACAAUUCGGAUGAUUGGUUAUUCACAUAUCAAGCUUUUGUUUGCCAUGUGUUGUGUCACAACCUUCGUUUCAAUGUGGAUUACUAACACGGCCGCUACCACCAUGAUGGUCCCAAUCAACUUUGCAAUCCUAAGAGUGUUUGAAGGGCAAAAUCUAUUGAAAGUAUUCGAAUACAAUGAGGCCGGUGAAAGGGUUGCAAGUGACAUAACGACGUCUUAUUUCUGUGCUGCCACUUUCUCUGCCACAAUUGGUGGUAUCGGCACAUUGGUUGGAACCGGUACGAAUAUUGCUUUCAAGGGCCUUUUUAUGUCCGAAUAUCCGAAAGCGCCAGAGCUGUUAUCCUUCCCUCUGUUCUCGGCCUUCGGAGUGCCAUAUAUGAUCGCGUUGGAAGCCGCUAACUAUCUGUACCUUGCCAUAGUGUACUUUGGUCUGUUCAGGCCAAACAGUCCAAUAGCUAGGUCAACCAAAAUAACACCACAAGGUAUAGCGGCUGCUAAAAUAGCUAUUGAACGAGAUACAAAGAAACUUGGAACUUUUUCAUUUUGGGAAGGGAUGGUCUCGAUAUUGUUUAUGGGAGCCAUGGUUUGUUUCUUCUGUCGUUCUCCGCAAAUAUUUGAAGGCUGGGGCGAUAAGCUCAGACUAUACUUUGAAAAAGAUGAUGAGAAAUAUGUUCGUGAUUCAGCCCUCGCAAUGCUUGUUGGCGCGGCCAUGUUUCUUUUUCCACGUUCUUUGGACAUAUUGAAAAAUUUCUCUGUCAAAUAUACCGACGAGCUUCCGAAGGGAAAGAUUCUAUCAGUGCUUGAUUGGAGGCUAUUGAACAGCGAAAUGCCUUGGAGUUUUAUGUUUCUAUUGGGUGGUGGGUUUUCUCUGUCCGAAGGCGCUAAAAUAAGUGGCUUGAACGACAAAAUCGGGGAGCAGUUAAUGUUCUUGAAUAAACUCCCAAACCCUGCCGUUAUUCUCAUCAUAGCAAUUAUUGUGACAUUUUUGACGAAUUUCGCAUCCAAUGUUGCUGUUGCCAAUGUAAUGGUACCUUUGGCGAUGCAAAUAGCCAAGCGAAUAAAUGUUAAUCCUCUGUGGUAUGCCGUUGUAUCUGGUUUCUCAGCUUCGUUUUGCUUCAUGAUGCCCGUGGGAACUCCUGGAAAUUUGGUGAUACAAAGUGCAGCUAGCAUUCCAACGACCAAAAUGAUAAAAGCCGGUUCUGGAGUUACGGUUACUACACUUAUACUCACCUGGUUUUUCAUGACCUACUAUGCACCAGUCAUUUGGCCUAUGUACGAAAUGCCGGAUUGGAUUGAAAAUUGAAUGAAUUAUUUUCAACUAGGUAUUACUAGGUCAAGAGAUUUCUACCAGUCUUGUCACAUAUCAUAUUUUGACUGAACUCACUAUUAUUUGUAAAAAUCUUAAUUUGACAUCUCAGUUAUUGAUAGUUGAUAGAAAACUUAAAUUCUUUAUUUUUAUUAGUUUUAAGCGCUUUGAUUAUAAAUAUAUUUAUAGUACAGAACCGGCCGGGGCAAUAUGAGAUGUUCGUGAUAGUUAAACAAUUAAAGACUACUUGUACUUUAUAUCCAAAAGAUAGAUAAUAAAAUAAAAAACAGAAACUGA